AUGUUGUGGAAGUUGCUGAUGAGAUCCCAGCCCUGCAGACUCUGUUCUUUCCGAGAAAUGCUAUCAGCUCCAAAAUACAGACCUUUUCUAGCAUCCUUCACCUGUACAACUGAUAGUCAGUCAACGAAAGAAAAUAAAAAGACAGUAGAAAAGCUCUUUAAAUUGUCAGUUGACAUCAGGAAAAUUCAAAGAUUAAAAGGCUGGGUACUUCUGGAGGAUGAAACCUAUGUUGAAGAAAUUGCAAAUAUUUUACAACAGCUGGGUGCCAGUGAGACUGCUGUAGCCAGUAUCUUGGAACGCUGCCCAGAAGCAAUUAUCUGCAGUCCAACUGCUGUCAACACCCAAAGAGAACUUUGGCAAUUGGUCUGUAAAAACGAGGAAGAGUUAGUCAAGUUAAUAGAACAGUUUCCAGAAUCUUUCUUUACUGUUAAAGACCAGGAAAACCGGAAGCUGAAUAUUCAGUUCUUUCAAGAGUUGGGACUCAAAAAUGUGGUCAUUAGCAGAUUUUUGACUACUGCAUCUAAUAUUUUUCAUAAUCCUAUUGAGAAGAAUAAGCAAAUGAUAAAGAUUCUCCAGGAGAGUUAUCUAAAUUUAGGUGGGUCCGAGGCCAACAUGAAAGUUUGGCUUCUAAAAUUGUUAAGCCAAAACCCAUUUAUUUUGUUAAAUUCUUCUGCAGCUAUAAAGGAAACACUAGAAUUUUUCCAGAAGCAGGGUUUCACAAACUUUGAAAUUCUCCAGCUUCUCUCCAAACUCAAAGGAUUUCUUUUUCAGCUUUGCCCAAGAAGUAUACAGACCAGUAUGUCUUUCUCUAAAAAUGCUUUUAAAUGUACUGAUCAUGACCUGAAGCAAUUGGUUUUGAAAUGUCCUGCCCUUUUGUAUUACUCUGUUCCAGUUUUGGAGGAGAGAAUUCAGGGAUUAUUGAAAGAAGGAGUUUCCAUAGCUCAGAUAAGAGAGACACCAAUGGUUCUUGAAUUAACACCACAAAUAGUACAAUACAGGAUAAGGAAACUGAAUUCCUUAGGCUAUGGAAUAAAGGAUGGACAUCUAGCAAAUAUAAAUGGAACAAAAAAAGAAUUUGAGGCUAACUUUGGUAAAAUUCAGGCCAAAAAAAGAAGGCCAUUAUUUAACCCUGUGGCACCAUUAAAUGUUGAAGAGUAACUUGCUUACUGAUGUUGCUUCUUUUUACCAGUGCCGAGUGAAACCAAGUAGCAAAAACUUAAGUGAUUCAGGAAUAUUGUGGGUACCAGUAAUUUUAAGAAUCUAUGUAGCUUCUGAGUUGUGUUUAAAUUACCUCUUAAGUACAUGAUCUCUGACUCAGCUGCUAUACUUGAAAAUAUAAAUUGCAUUUAUUUUAAUAAAGUUUGUAAUUUUUCCUUGAGCUAUUUAAAACAAAAACUACUAUUAAAUGGCACAAGUGUGAUAUUUUGUAAGUGAAUAGUUUUAGAAACUGAAAAGUGCACUCCCUUCAUUCAAAUUAUGGAUACAUUUUUAUUGAUAUAGCACAUUUCAUCUGGGAUGCAGACCCAGUCUUCUCACCACCAGCUCUGAAACAUCACUCCACUAUGGUCUGAAUCCUGUAGUUAGUGUUUGGUGAAACAUUACCAAAUUUCUAAAACGUUUUGGUGGAGAAGGUUGAUUUUAACUCCAGGUUGGAAUAGGUAUCUUUGAGAACCAAGUAUUACCCAUCAUAAGGAAUAGUUAGAACUUAUUUAUAUGGUCAGUUUGCUUAAAAUUGAUGGUUUUAUUUCAUUAAACACUUCUGUGUGCAUGUA